GGGCCAAGCAAUUUUCAUUUUUAUAUCUUUUAUUCCACAAACCGCCCCACCGCCUCCACAUAUUUACCUUCUCAAACCUAAACCCCCAAAAUUUUGUAUAUAAAACCCCUCUAAGCUCGUAACUCCAAAGCUGUUCGUAUUUCCCUUUUUUUUUUUCCUUUAUUUAUUUAUUUAUUUUUUCUUUCCUUUCUUGCUUUCCGAUUUUUCCUAACUUUAUCUAAUCCAAUCAUGCCGGAAUCUUACGCUAUCAAGUCAGGGAUGGCGGAGGCAGACGGCGGCGGAGGCGUGGCGUUCCCGCUUGUCUUUUUCGACGGCGAACGCGAGACUGAUAUCGGCAACAUCGUCGUUUACCCGACUCUUGAAUUCAAGCGGUUCCAAUCUAUGCUGAGCCAGAAGAUCGGGAUCUCUCCGCACCAGUUCUCUGUUUACCUCUCUUCGCAGGAUACCGGCCGAAGAAUACCCAUCACUGGUAGGGUCAACUUCGGCGCAAUUUCUCGCGAGAAGGGUUACUCGUUCCUCGUGGUCUUGAAGCGAUCAAGACGCGAGAGGCGGCGAAGGAGUCAGCAAGAAUCAGCAGGCGACGUGUACUUCACGUCUCCGAUGAAACCCCCACCGCAGAAACCGAUCAAGAAAAACCCGCCCGAUAAUGUAAUGCUUCUCAGGCGUGAUGUGGGUAUAAUCAACCAGGACCAGGCUUUUUCUGGGCCGCAACUCAAUUUGCCGUACGCUUAUCGGGUCGAAUACGAGAAACGGGUAAGGGACUUGCAGUUCGAGAAAGAGAGGUAUUUGAUGAAUAUGGGUCUGACCGGGUCGGACCUUUCAUAUGGAGAAAACGGUAUGGUGGGAGAGAAAGGUGGGAGAGGUGGUGAGGCGGUUUGUGAGGUAUGCUUGGAAGCUAAAGAGAUGGGAAAGGAGGUUGGGUUCCAUUGGUGCAUCUAUGAUACUGUCACUGUCGGCUUCCGAUCUCCUGCCGGCCCGAUUGCCCGACCCAUCAAAGGGUCCGAUUAGAUAUAUGACUGGUUUUCUUUUGCUUUUGCUUUUCGGUUUCGACUUGCCUUUUUGGUGUUCUGCUGUAUAGAUUGGGAAAGACAGAAAACAGAGAAUGGAUGCAGAGUGAGAUAGCCAGAUAGGUUGAUGAUCUGAUGUGGUUUGGUAUACGGUAAGGAAGGUGUACCAUAGUACCCAUGACAUAAAGAAAGUUAGGAUAUGAAACAGUUCAUAUACCAUAUAUUAAUUACAAUUGUGAACCCCACGAAAGAGGUAGUAGGGAUGUGUGUGGUUCUUUGGUUUUUCUUUCUUUUUUUUUUAAAUUUUUUCCAAUUUGGUUGAAUAGUUAGGACUUUUAGGAAGAGUGCUUUCUAGUAUCUGGCACUGUUUUGGAGCUGCGACUUUUCCAGAAAGAAAAUCAAAGAUUUUUCUUUUCUUUAUAUAUAUAUAUAUAUAUUAAUCCGAGGAUGGGGUUCAUGGAAGAGUGUGGUAGGUAAUGUUGGUUGUUUCCCACCAUGGUUUUCCCUUGGAGAGGAAUUGAUAUGGCCCCUUAAAUGGGGUUUUGAGAUUUUGUUCAAUUGUUUUAUUAUGUGGAGAGUGUUUCAAAGCUGGAAUUGAAACUCUAGAAUCAAAAUAGUUUCAAAUCUUUGUUUU